AUGAUGAACUCGCUGCUGUUCGGCGAGAUGGCGCUGGCCUUCGGCUGCCCCCCGGGCGGCGGCGGCGGCCCGGGCGGCGGAGGAGCGGGCGGCGGCGGCGCGGGGCCCGGGCCGUCGCCCGUGACCGCGGCGCUGCGGGACGACCUGGGCUCCAACAUCUACCUGCUGAAGGGGCUCAACGUGCGCUUCCGCUGCUUCCUGGCCAAGGUGCACGAGCUGGAGCGGCGCAACCGGCUGCUGGAGAAGCAGCUAGAGCAGCAGCAGAGCGAGCGCGAGCGCCGGCUGCGCUACAAGACCUUCUCCCGCGAGCAGGCGGUGCAGACGGGCCCCGAACUCGCCCUGGCCCUAGCCCGCGCAGCCGGCCCGCACGCCCAGCAGCCGCCGCCGCCGCCGCCGCUCGGCGCCAACGGCAACGUGCCCCCGGGCGCCUGCGGCUCGCACCCGCAGCACUACAGCCGCCUGCCCGGCACUAUCUGGAGCUACACGCAGGUCCGGCGCACGGGCGGUGGCGGCGUGGAGACGGUGCAGGGCCCCGGCGUGUCCUGGGUGCACCCCGACGGCGUGGGCGUGCAGAUCGACACCAUCACCCCCGAGAUCCGGGCCCUGUACAACGUACUGGCCAAGGUGAAGCGGGAGCGGGACGAGUACAAGAAGAAAUGGGAGGAGGAGCUGGCCAAGCGCAUGAACCUGGAGACCAUGGUGGAGACACUCCAGGAGGCGGCCCAGGAGGCUGAGGCCAUCCAGGAGGAGAUGAAUGAGAAGAUCGAGCGGCUGAAGGCUGAGCUGGUGGUGUUUAAGGGGCUGAUGAGUGAUCCCAUGACAGACCUGGACACAAAGAUCCAAGAGAAGGCCAUGAAGGUGGACAUGGAUAUCUGCCGGCGAAUCGAUAUCACGGCCAAGCUGUGCGAUGUCGCACAGCAGCGGAACUCGGAAGACGUGUCCAAGAUCUUUCAGGUAGCAUCCAAGAAGAAGGACCGUAAGGUAACCACAGAGGAUGACAUUUCUGAGCAGGAUGGGGAGGUCACCAGGCUGUCAGAUGAUGAGGUCAGCUCUAUGAACAUCACGGAUGAAAUGAAGCGGAUGUUCAACCAGCUAAGAGAGACUUUUGACUUUGAUGAUGAUUGUGACAGCCUGACAUGGGAAGAGAAUGAGGACACCUUGCUGCUCUGGGAGGACUUUACCAACUGCAACCCAUCCAUUGACCUGCAGGGAGAGCAAGAGGAAAAUUUGGGCAACUUGAUUCAUGAAACCGAAUCCUUCUUCAAGACGAGAGACAAAGAGUACCAGGAGACGAUAGGCCAGAUUGAGUUGGAACUCGCUACAGCCAAGAGUGAUAUGAACCGUCACUUGCAUGAAUACAUGGAAAUGUGUAGCAUGAAGAGGGGCCUGGAUGUCCAAAUGGAGACAUGCCGCCGACUCAUCAAAGGCUCUGCAGACAGGAACUCACCAUCCCCCAGCUCUAUGGCCAGCAGCGACUCAGGAAGCACAGAUGAAAUCCAGGAUGAUUUUGAGAGAGACCCUGAUGUGGAGCCAAUGGUCAGCUGAUGAACCUCAGGGAGGGUGCCUGGAGAGCUGGGGGGAGAGCGGGACCUCCUCCCUACCCCAGGAGAGCUCGGGGGACGAGGGAGCCAGCACUGACCACAGCCUGGAGGACUU